GGUGCCUCUUCUUCCCUCCGUCACCACCAUCGCAACUCGCAUCGAUCACUCAACCCGCAACGGCUGCUAUGGCUGGCCAGUAUCCGACAUGGACCCAGCCCAUCCACCCCUCGAUUACGCAAGCCCCAUCCAAACAAGAAAGCAUCGACGACGUGGUCGAGUCGGCCCGUCAGUGGGCCGCCUUUCAGCGAUCGAUGCUGGACGGCUCGCAUGAGUCAUUCCUCCCAUACCACCAGCACAACCAGUCGCAGCUAGCUCACCUCGGCGACAGCGACUCGACCCAAACCGCAGCCUCUCACGGAUCGCCGCUCGAUCAACAGUACGAUCUCCACAUUCAUGGCGAGGUGCCGACGCUCUAUGCCGAGCACCCGGCCGGCUACCCAUCCGAGCAAAGUGCCCCUACUUAUGAGUGCUUCUAUCAGGAUUCCACGGCCUACUAUGCGUCUCCUGAGACUGCCGCGUCGAUGGUCGCUCUCGAUUCAUCCGUCUACUCGGGGUACCCGGAUCAACCCGAUGGCGACGACGGCCCGCCUGGGAUGGCCCCAACCAGAGCCGCACUGGCCGAGUCGCCACAUGCGGCAGCAGCAGCCCAAACGCACGACUACUCGACACAGUUUGGGGACUACGAUCCUGCUCCCCAGACCACCCCAGGCGCAGGUGUCUGGCCGACUCCGGACUUCAAUAUCACCACCCCGCAGAGCUACCCGUACUUUCCUUACUAUUCUGCUUCGUAUCCUCGCGCUAUCUACAACCCCUUUGCAGCCCUGAAGAACUCCAAGAGCACCCCGGCUGCCCGACCCAGCUCUCCCGGCGAGCAGCCAAAACACGCCGAUCGUUCAACCAAGUCGCAAGAGCUCGGUCCCACGGUGCCUUUGGCCCUACAACCGUCUAUGAUCGAGGAUCCCCAUCCUCACUUCAACGCCGGUUCGAAGGCACCUUCCUGUGGAGACAGCGCCGAACACCCGACCGAGAGUCAGCUCAAUAGCCCGUCACUACAGUGCAAUCCGGCAGGCGAUCUGCCUUGCCUCGGGGUCAUGGUCGACGAUCCUCAGAACAGCGCUGCAAGCCACCGUUCGGCCCCUGUUUCUGCAGCAACACAGGGCGAAGGGUGCUCGAGCAGUGUUGUGAUGGCUCCUAUGGAGCCCCGCGCUGUUGAUAUAGAGUGCAACUCCAGCACCCAAGACAAAGCAGUCGCCGCUACAUCCAGCACCAGCGGCAGUAACGACAGCAACAGCAACGACGCAGGCAACGGCAGCGACCGGGCUGUCAUUGGUGUUGGUGUGGGUGGAACGAAUUCCAGCGAUGAUGGCAGCAGCCAUGGCAUCUCGAGCCAGCCACUCGCCUCGUCCGCAGAGGAUGAUCCGGUCCAGCCCAGCCAUCACCAGCCGGCGAGUAGUGCCCAAAACGAACUGUUGCUCGGCGAUUCUUGUGUACUGCCGUCGUCCAAACCGCCAUGUGUCUCGUCGACAUCAGCACCAGCAUCGGCGCCAGCACCAGCACCAGAACCAGCACCAGCAUCGGCAUCGGCAUCGCUGCUUACAAGGCACCGGUCGCCCUCCCCGAGUGACUCGUUAAGUCGGUCCCGUCGCCAUCGCCAUCGACUUGGCUCUGUCGAAUGUUACAGAUACCUGUGUCCGUGCUCCGACUGCCACCGAUUCCGUCGGCGACACCACCGCAACCAGGCUCGCGAGUCCAGCAACAGCAGCAGCAGCAGCAGCAGCCGUCGACAUCAUCGUCGUCGCCGGUCCCGAUCUCGGUCUCGGUCUGCCUCGGACUCUGGCCAUCGCCGUCGCCGGCACAGCAACCGCAGUCAUAGUCGCAGCCGGUGAAUCAUACAGUCAAUGCGUUCACUCUGUCAAACACACCGUUCGAGUUGAUAGUCGAAACCCGGACAUACUUUUGCAAGAGCCUGACGACGAUGCCGACGACGAUAGUGACGAUGAUGGUGAUGUCGUUGAUGAUGAUGUCGUCGAUGAUAUGCCGAUAGCAAUGAUCC